CAUGAAGAGGCGUGGGCCAAAUAUGGAUGUUCCAUUUUGUCAGAUGGCUGGAAAGACAAGAGGGAAAGGACAUUGAUUAACUUUUUAGUCAAUUCUCCUAAAGGAAGUAUGUUCUUGGAGUCUGUUGAUGGUUCUAGCUAUUCAAAGACUGGGGAAAAGAUGUUUCAAUUAUUAAGUAAAUGUGUGGAAAAGAUUAGAGUAAGAAAUGUGGUGCAAGUGGUCACCGAUAGUGCUUCAAACAAUGUUUUAGCAGGUAUGAAAUUCAUUUUUGUAAUUUGUAUUAUGUUUAUAAAUAGAACAAUUUGAAUAUUCAUUAGAUAUUUAUUAAGUACUAAUAUCUUGUUAAUUUCACUCUAAAUAAUAACAGGAAGAUUUUUGGAGACAAAAUAUCCUACGUUGUUUUGGACACCAUGUGCAGCGCACUGUUUGGAUUUAAUGUUGGAAGAUAUUUUCAAGUUACCUAAUAUGAAGAAGACAUUUGAGAGAGCUGUUAUGGUGAAUAGCUAUAUCUAUACUCGUUCGGGUCUAGUAAACAUGCUUAGAAGGUUUACUGACAAGAAAGAGUUGUUGAGGCCUGCAAAAACACGGUUUGCAACUGCCUUUAUCACUUUGGGCAGGAUGCAUAGUCUGAAAAGCAACCUUAGAAGGAUGUUUACCUCCGAGGAGUGGAUGACAAGCAAGUGGGUAAAAGAAGCGGGGGCUAAAAAGGUUGUAGAAGUGAUUUUGAUGCCUUCAUUUUGGAACAAUGUUGUAUUUGCUUUAAAGGUGGCUGGUCCAUUGGUGCGUGUAUUGCGCUUAGUGGAUGGUGAGAAGAAGCCUGCUAUGGGAUACAUAUAUGAGGCCAUGGAUAGGGCCAAAGAAGCGAUUGCUAACUCUUUUAAUGGGGAUGAAAAGAAGUAUGCACCCAUUUUUCAGAUUAUUGAUAAUCGAUGGGAUGUUCAGCUUCAUCGCCCCUUGCACGCAGCUGGUUGGUACUUGAACCCAGAAUAUUUCUACAAGGCUGAACGUAUAGAUCCAGAGAUCAUGACUGGCUUAUAUGAAUGCAUUAGAAAGUUAAAUCCAGAUAUAAAGGUUCAAGACCAAAUUGAUGCUGAGCUUUCGAUGUAUAACAAUGCAGAUGGGUUCUUUAGAAACUAUAUGGCUAUUAGAAAGAGAGCUGAGAAAUCACUAGGUACACAUAUAUAUAUUACAUUAUAUAUAUAAUCAUUCUAGAUAAUAGAUAAUAACUAACCCAUGAAUUUUAUUGGACAGCUGAAUGGUGGGCUUCAUAUGGAAUGUCAACACCCACGUUGCAAAAAUUUGCAAUUAAAAUUCUUAGCUUGACUUGUAGUUCAUCUGGGUGUGAACGUAAUUGGAGUGUGUUUGAAAAUCUUCAUACUAAACGGAGAAACAGGCUUGAUCAACUUCGUUUAAACGACUUGGUGUUUGUGAAAUACAAUAGAGCAUUGAGGCGUCGAUAUCAAAUGCGUGAUACCAUUGACCCUAUCAUAUUGACCGACAUUGAUGAAAGCAAUGAAUGGUUGACUGGAAAACUUGAUGAGGAGAAUGAUAAAGAUGAUGAAACUGUUUUUCCAGAUGACAUUGGGGAUGGGUUGACAUGGAGUAAUGUUGCUGCGGCUGCAGGAGUUGGAGAGCCUAGUUAUCAAUUUAGAACUAAACAAACUCGAUCACAAUUGGGAUCAACUUCGGUUUCGACUUCAAAGCGGCGAGUAACUCAAGAGAUUGAAGAGGAGGAAAGUGAGGCAGGGACCGAAGAUGAUGAAGACUUGGAAGAGGGCGAAGAAUUGAGAGAUGAAGAAGAAGAUGAAGGGGUGAUUGAAGGGGAUGAUGAAGAUAUUGACCUUGAUGUUGAUGAUCUCCUUGAUGAUGAUUGAUUAAAAAAAAAUUUUAUAUUGAUUGUGGACUUGUAGUGUUUAUGUGUUUGUUUAGAACUUUGCAUUAUAAUUGGUACUUGGUAAAGUUUAAGACUUUAAGUUUGAACUUUGAUGAUGUUUCUAGUUUAGAAUUUGCAUGAUGAAUGAAUUAACUUUGAUGUUGUUAGUUUAUAGAAUUUGAAGAUAAUGAAUCAUGAAUGAUAUGAAUGUGUUAUUAUUGAUAAUUUGAUAGUUGUUUAUGAUUUUACAAGAUUUUGAGUUUUUUUCCUAAAAGGUGCGCCUCGCUUCGCAAAGGCGCGCCUCGCCUCGUGCGCCUCGCGCCUCAGGCUCCAUGACCUUUUGCGCCUCGCGCCUUUCAGAACUAUGUUCAUAUCUCAACGCAAGUAUGUUCUUGACCUUUUGAGGGACAUAGGGAAAAUGGCUUGCAAACCAAGUAGCAUCCCGAUUGAUCCAAUAGGGUUCAGUUUAGAAUAUAAUGGAAAUAAGACUUCUUAUGUCUUUGUAUUAGUAUAGUUGUUAGUUUCUGUAAAGGGCAGAUUUGUCUGUUAGGAAAUGUUUUUUAUUCUUAUGUUUUAUGUGUUUAGAAUAUAACGGAAAUAUCUCUUAGGUUAUUUCCGAUUAAGCCUUGUAUUUCCUUUUAUUGCAUUUCAGUCCUUAAGUUGUAACCGCCUCUAUCUUUUAUAAAUAGUGGCGGAUAGGUUCUGUUGAGGGUAUAAGAGAAUCCUUCUAUUGUAUUCGCACAUACGAGUUAGAGAAUUGAGAGAGAGCUAGUGCUUGGUCCUUGUUUUCUUGAGAGAGGCUAUUGAUUAUUAGCCUAAGUGUGUGCGAGGAAGAGAUCAGAGAGGAAGAGCUGUAUUCUUGUUUCUUUGAUAGUGGAUUCUGUCGGCAUCAUCUGGCAGUCUGGAUGUAGGGCAACUUCUUGCCCGAACCAAGAUAAGUCUUCUUGUUCUUCACUGUUGUUGCUUGUUAUUCUGAUCUGUUUUACAUUUCUUUUGUUUCUAUCUCUAUCGGGUAAGUAUUUGGGUGUGAGAGAGUGUUUAAUUGUGUGAGGAAUCAAAUCCAAGACUCAACAGAUGUAAUUAGCUAUUAUUUAAGCCUUAAUUUUAGCCUUAA